GGGCCUGGGAGUGUCAUUGGCGGAUGACCGCAACCCUUGCCGCUGCCGCUGACAUCGCUACCAUGGUCUCAGGCAGCAGCGGCCUCGCCGCCGCCCGUCUCCUGUCGCGCAGCUUCCUCCUGCCACAGAAUGGAAUUCGGCAUUGUUCCUAUACAGCUUCUCGGAAACAUCUCUAUGUUGAUAAAAAUACAAAGAUUAUUUGCCAGGGUUUCACUGGCAAACAGGGCACGUUUCACAGCCAGCAGGCAUUGGAAUAUGGCACCAAACUCGUUGGAGGAACCACUCCAGGGAAAGGAGGCCAGACACAUCUGGGCUUACCAGUCUUUAAUACUGUGAAGGAGGCCAAAGAACAGACAGGAGCAACGGCUUCUGUCAUUUAUGUUCCUCCGCCUUUUGCUGCUGCUGCCAUUAAUGAAGCUAUUGAGGCAGAAAUUCCCUUGGUUGUGUGUAUCACUGAAGGAAUUCCCCAGCAGGACAUGGUACGAGUCAAGCACAAACUGCUGCGCCAGGGAAAGACAAGGCUAAUUGGGCCCAACUGCCCUGGAGUCAUCAAUCCUGGAGAAUGUAAAAUUGGCAUCAUGCCUGGCCAUAUUCACAAAAAAGGAAGGAUUGGCAUUGUGUCCAGAUCUGGCACCCUGACUUAUGAAGCAGUUCACCAAACAACACAAGUUGGAUUGGGGCAGUCUUUGUGUGUUGGCAUUGGAGGUGAUCCUUUUAAUGGAACAGAUUUUAUUGACUGCCUCGAAAUCUUUUUGAACGAUUCUGCCACAGAAGGCAUCAUAUUGAUUGGUGAAAUUGGUGGUAAUGCAGAAGAGAAUGCUGCAGAAUUUUUGAAGCAACAUAAUUCAGGUCCAAAUUCCAAGCCUGUAGUGUCCUUCAUUGCUGGUUUAACUGCUCCUCCUGGGAGGAGAAUGGGUCAUGCCGGGGCAAUUAUUGCUGGAGGAAAAGGUGGAGCUAAAGAGAAGAUCUCCGCCCUUCAGAGUGCAGGAGUUGUGGUCAGUAUGUCUCCUGCACAGCUAGGAACCACGAUCUACAAGGUGAGCUCCAACAGUGGCCCAAGUGCUCUGAGGUUGCAGGCUUUCUCUGUGUGUGGCCACAAUGGGUACCUGGAAAUCAUGGCCUUUGCUUCUGGGACUUAAUUGGUUUUCUGACGUGCAGCUUAAUAGUUUGAAUCAACUCUAUUAAUGUCCUAGUGCCCUAAUUAGGCAUGACCAGGAAUAAUGUUCUUAUUUUAAAGCUUUCUUCUUUAAAUAUUGGGAUUUUUAUUUUUGUAAGUGGCAAGAUACAACAUACACAAAAAGCAUCUUGAAGAUCAUAAGUGUCAUGAUUUCCAUUUUGGGGGUUUGGAAGGUAGCUGUGCAGAGAACUGCUUCAUGUUUUGUUACUUGUUUUUUCCUUUGGGAUAUAGCCACCCUGACCCCAUGGGUUUCUGUUUCUAGGGAGAGGAGGUUGGAGGCUGAGUAACAAGAAAUGGAAAUUGGAUGAAGAAGGAGUUGGGGUGGAGGGAGAUCUAAAGAGGAUGGGGAGAUUGGCCCUGGCUAUGUUGUGAUACCAUUGUUAACCAUUUUUUUGGUUUGUUUUUGUUUUUUUUUGUUUGUUUGUUUUGCUUUAACUUUUUUAAUAGGACAUUAUGGGUUAAAAUAUUCUAAGUAAUUUGAUGUCUUUUAUAAUCUCUUUGCACUGAUUUUCAGCUUGUCUCUUUGAGUGAUAAUUUAAGGCUCUCUCUCCCUUAUUAUUUUUAUGAUGGUAUACCCCUGCCACACACACCGAAAAAGCAAAAAACAAAAAAUCUCCUCUUAAGCAUGCUGAAAAUAGGUACCAGUUGGUUUCCUAGAAGGGAACAGCAUUCAGAGAGAAUUUCAAAAUCCUGAUUUGUCUCAGGGAUAAAUAAAGUAGACUCCUUUUUUUAUUGCAUCUUUGCAUGAUCCUGCUCUUGGAAUAUAACACUAUGUGCCAAAGUGUUUGAAAGAAAUCUAGGUGCUUAGUGAGAGUGAGAAAUCAUUUUAUUUGAAGGUGGGGGUAAGGAGAAAAGCAAAUGCUUAAAUUCACAUUGGAGAUGUGUGUUACCAUUUUCUUCCAGUAAGUGGCAGCAGGGAUCUACACAUUUUAUCCUAAUAGUUACAAUCUAGAAAAAUAUGAUUUUUGGUAUUGUUUCCUUAAACACUACUUUGCUUAAGGUAUUUGUUUCAGGUAUUUCUAAGGUUCUUGACAUUUUGUUCAAAUCCUUGUAACAAUCUCUCUUUAGCUUUAUUCUCUGAGAAACUGAGCAAACCUGUUUCCAUUGCCUUAUUAGAAGGGUUCAUGUAUAUAGCACUACAGUUUGGAUAAGCACAAUGAAGUUUCUCAGCUCCUAAAAUUAUUGUUAUUAUACUGCUGUGAAAAAAUAAAUAUUAUUCAAAACCUCCCUCUCCGCUUCUGGAUUUAGGAAAUAUAAAGUUGAAGCUCUGCAUCUGUUUCGUGAAAUUCAAGCUGACACAGACUGAUUUUGAAAGCUGUUAUUCUGUGUUCAAACACCCUCAUCCUGGUACAUUUUUCUUCUGUAAUUUGGUUGUUCAGGGGAUCCUAAAGAUAAUAGGUUUCAAAAUCAUUUUGACCAUAAAUGUAAUUUGGAUUUUUUAUCUUUAUUCAUUCCAUCUCUCUUCUCUGUCUCUCUUCUGUUUCUGAAGGAAUUUGAAAAGAGGAAGAUGCUAUGAAAGAAAAAAAAAUUCCCAAAACUGUGAAAUGGAUCAUGUAGACAUGUAACCCAGCAGCAGUUUGCUUCUGUUGUCCACUGAUUAAUCAGCCUAUGUGCCUGACACUGGUCUUGCAGUACAACUGGAAGCCAAAACAAGGUGGAAGAUUUCCUGAAUUAAGAUGUUUUCACCUCAUUGUAUUACAGAGACAGCCAAUAAAUCUACCAUUUGAUUUCAA